GCCCCGACAAAUGAGCCCUCGACAGUUGAGCCUACCGACAGUUGAGCUCCCGACAAAUGAGCUCCCGACAUUUGAGCCUCAGAAAAUUGAAAUUUCAUCGAUUAAAUAUAGAACACACGAAAUUAUUAUUGAAUCGCUUAAUUCACUUGAAACUAGUGCACGGAAACAUGAGACAUCUUUCCAUGGUACUGAUGGCUCGUCGAUAUAUUUUUCGUGGCUAAGUCAAUCAUCUGUACAGAAAUGAACAAGUUUUUCGAACAAUAUUUCUGUGACUCAUAAAGUUUUUAUCAUUCUUGGUAUAUUUUUCUAUUAUCGUUAACAAUGUCAAUCGUGAAAUCUUCAAAAAACAAGGAUCAACUUUUACUUAGUGGUUAUCAUUAUCGUCGUGCAAAUAAAUCUCAAAUUAUUUGGCGUUGUUGUCGAAAUGACUGUCCUGGUCGUGUACGUUUUGAUGGAACAGGUUAUAUUAAAGUUACGGAUCAUCUUCAUGCACCAAAUCCUGAAGAAACAAUAUCAGUGGAAUUCAAAUCAAAUAUCAGUUCUGGUGCAAAAAUAUCGCAUGAUCCACCACGACGUAUUAUUCAUCAGGCUUUAUUAAAUUUUUUUUAA